AUGGACCAGGCUAAUUCACCAGGUACCAAUUCGGCACAAGCAGACCCCAUCAACACAGCUCGGGAACACGACUCCAUGAACAAUCGCAGCUACGCGAUUCCAUUCCCCGGUAGCAUGAACUCAUCCGAAGAUGACCUUCCACCAUUUCCGGAUGCCGAGGUUUCCUCACUGGCACUGGACAAUAAGCCCGGUGCACGUUUGCACUACACGUACUACCCUGCAUCCAAACCUCACGGCGGCCAUCCGAACCCUUUCUCGCAAACGCUCAUCGUUUUCCUCAACGGGCUCAUGAUGCCAAGAAGCUCAUGGGAUCCUGCCAUGCGCAGCUUUCUGGAAAAGAGAAUAGUGGGGCGUCUACCGUAUCCUGCUCUGUUGAGCUACGAUAGAUAUGGUCAAGGAGAUUCAGAUGCUGAUCCCGACGACCAGCAACCACCCCCGUCCCACGGACACGACGCGAUAUCUGCAGUCAAAGCACUGAAGCAAUUUACCCUACAAAUCUGGAGGGAACACCUUGACGUCAACAAACCUACGCACUACCCCUGUCUCAUCUUUGUAUGCAACAGCAUCGGCUGCGCACUUGCAAGACUCUUUGCGCAAUGCUAUCCAGGAACCGUAUCUGGUCUGUUGUUCCUGGACAGCAUCAUGGCCAACUCGGACUACCAAGACCUGUGGCCGGACCCCGAUGCACCAGACUUCAACUCGCACACACUACCCGAAGGUGUCACACAAGACGAAGUACGAGCUACCAGAGAAAAGUAUAGAAGAAUGUUCCAUCCCGACGUUCCUAGUCAAGAGGGGUUAUCCAGACGUAAUCUGCCACAACUAUUACCCUACGCAGAUGCACCAAAACUCGAGGGCUACUUGGGCAGAGGCCCGUACCUCACAGUCGUAGGUCAUGACUGGGAAACGUUUGCCGAGCAGUCGUGUACGUACCUGUCUCUUUCCAAGUCGACGCUUGGACUACAGAGACUAACCCGGCAAAUAGACGAGGGUACAAUGCAGACACCCAAGAUUCUGACCAUGACUUAUGCCAACCCCGCUUGGCGUCGCUACAACGAAGGUCUCUGUCGCAUCACGGACGAAGGCAAAGCCAUAGGUCCCAUCACAGCUGUCCGCUGUGGCCACUUUAUCCAACAAGACGACCCCAGAUUCGUGAGCGAUGAAAUGGUCAGCCUGCUCGAUAGAGUCGUAAAUCGAGUUCAGCAGGUUAGCCAGCGGGACUAA